GGAAGACAAAAAUCGCAAGGCGUAGAAGAAAUGUUGUGUCUACAAGUACAUCCGGGUGGGUCAGAGUCUCGGGGAGAGGUUCCACGGGAACCGCAUGUUGAAGUGCCUGUUUUACGGCCAUGAGUUCCAAGGAAACCAGUACAUGGCAGCACGCCAUUUCAGGCAGGGGAAAGGGUGUCCGUCAGUGACCGACAAGGCGCUGGUGGACAUAAACUACAACUCGAACUACAAGCUGGAGGGCAAGAUCCUUGACCGCAUGCUCCAGUUCGAAGAGCUUCACGGUCCGACACCUGUCAUGGAUCCGCGCCGGGACGAGGGAGGGGCAGGAGGGGCGGGACAAGAGAGGGGUGACGAGGAGGUGGUCGACGUUGACAACGUCGAGGACGAGGGAUGCGCACGUGUCGGCUCUCAGGCGCAUGUGGAUGUAGAAGACGCGGCGGCUGCUGUGGGGAAGAGAAAGGAGAGAGAGGAGGCGGCGAGGCCGGGUGGGCAAAAGCGGCUGAGACAGAACACCAUCAUGGAGUCGUAUUCUUCGAAAUGGCAGAUGGAGUUCAAGAAUAAGUUUCUGAGGUUUGUCUACAGUCAGCAUUUGCUGUUCAACGUCUUCCGAAGCGAGCCAUGGAAAGAAUUGGUAAAACACUUCAAGGACUUGCCAGGGCCAGUGAAGGUUUUGUGGUCGUCGCACAAUGAGAUCGCCAAUAUGGAGACGUUUGUCCGCACUGCCGACGAUGUGGCGGGUGAUCUCGCAGAGGUCAGGGCUCCUUUCUAUGUGACGGGGGCCACUAUCAUGUCGGAUGGCAGGAAGUCACGGGAUGUCAGACCAAUCGUUAUUUUCCUUGCUGGCGGGUUGCGCGGAGUGAUGAUGGUGCAGACAAUGAACAGGGAGGGCGAGCGAGACCAGGCGGCUGAUGUUUUGGCACAUUGGAUCAAGGUGUUCAAUGAAUUCCCUCCUCGGUGGGUGAAUGCCAUCUGCGUGGACUCUGCCUCUGAGUACGUCACCGCAACAAACAUGCUCCAGGGGGCCCCAACAAAGGCCAAAGAUUCGACGGAUCACGUGGCUGUCGUGCGCAGUGCAUGUCCGCAACAAAAUGUUGGACCGGGAGGGCUGCACAUGUCGCAGGUUGUGCACUGGACGCAGGACGUGACUCGCGAUGUGGCAUGCGAGGUCCACGCACUUCCAUCGGGCGUUGCGCACUUCAUUAUGCAGAAGGUGCAGGUUCGGUGUGCUCACAUGUUGGAGCCAGCGCACGCCGCUGCUCACCUUCUUUGUCCCAGUCGCCGAGACUUGAGGUACUACGAGGGCAUCGUCAGCGACUACGAUGCGAGACUCGUGCGGAAGGCAGAGACGUACAUCAUCACACAGACUUGGUUUAGUGUCACGAGCCCCAAUUACGAGGCUGCAUAUGCCCAACAGCGCGACUUUCACACACGGAGAGGGGGGAUUGUGUGGGGGAGGAGGGAUGGAGACAAGGAGGCACAGAGGUGCACCGACGACGUGGAGACGUUCGAGGCCAGUUGUUGGUGGUCGAAGUGGGGACAGUGUGUCCCGCAGCUGCAGGCCAUCGCUCUUCGUGUCAUGUACAUGUGGACAUGUUCCUCUCCCGCAGAGAGGAACUGGGCCGUCCACGAGGCUGUGCACACGAUGAAGCGCAACAAGCUCGAUUUCGAGAAGGUUGCGAAGUUGGUCGAGAUCUCAGCCAACGCCCGCCUUCUCUCUCACCAGCGGGUUGGCCGCGACUUUGCAUUGUCGUGGACAGUCGAUGAGUCCAUGUUAGAUGUCGAGGGAAGCAUCGGGACUCGGCCGUCGUGGCAGGGGACGGACGCCACCAGGUUGCAGGAGGACCGGGAGAGGCAGAGACGUUCGUGGACGCGAGACCCAUGUGGGUCAAGAGCUCCUCUUGGAGAGGUCGGAGAGGUUUUUGGGAAUGGGCUGCCACGUUGCGCCCCUACCCCCGAGAUGGCGACAGUGAUGACGAGGGCCCAGAGGGGGGGGGGAAGCGGGCGGGACCUGCUGACCAUCCGGCCUCGCAAGAGGCCGAUGAGUGAAGUGACCCAGAGGACGUCCGUAGACGUAGCGGCGGGGGCGAGCUUUUCGGUGGAGGUGACAAGAGCCCUCUUGAGCGAGAGCGGCCCUCGUCUCCGAGGCCCCAUUCCGUCGAUACGCAGGCGGUGCACGGAUCUGCGCGUUCUCGGGGAGCUGAGUCAGCUUGCGGUGGCGGCGUUCCUGGGCAGCAUCCCGGACGUAUUCGCAGUGGGAUGGCUUCAUCCGGCAUUGUUCCCCCUCCGUCGGGGGAUCUUCAUCGAGGUUCGCCCCCCAGAGGGCAACUGCAUAGAUUUGUGACGGGCCCGAGACAGCGAUUAGA